AUGGCUGCGGAAGCUCCGUGCGCCGCCGUCCCGCCGCCAGCCUCAGCCCCCGCCGACAGCGGCUGCUCGGACGAGUUCGCCCUGGGCUGCACCUUCGCUGCCUGCGACCCCGAGCGCACAGGGCUGGUGCAGCCGCAGCGCGUGGUGGAGUACGUGGCGGCCAUGACGGGGCACGACGGGCAGGACGGGCGGCUGCGGGCGCUGCGGCGGGCGCUGGACCCCGCCUCUGAGGCCUCCGUGCCCUCAGGGCUGGUGCAGCCGCAGCGCGUGGUGGAGUACGUGGCGGCCAUGACGGGGCACGACGGGCAGGACGGGCGGCUGCGGGCGCUGCGGCGGGCGCUGGACCCCGCGGCCGCGGGCGCGGCGCUGGACUGGGCCGCCUUCCGCAGCGCCAUGGGCGCCUGGAUCGCGGCGUGCCGGCAGGACGGGGCCGAGGAGCAGGAUGUGGGCGCUGGAGCAGCGCCGGCAGAGGAUGAGGGACAGGCGUCCCCGGCAGCCGCCGAGCCCCAGGGUGACAACGCGGACGCCACCAGCCCCGCCGAGGCGGCGGGGCUGCGGAGCCGUGCCCGGCAGCUGGCGGCCCAGAACGCCAAACUGCAGCGGGAUGCCGAGCUGGCCGAGGAGCUCAACGCCCGCCUGGCCGAGGAGAUCGCGCAGCUCCAGGCGCAGCUGCGAAGCAGCCGGCAGGCGCUGGAGCAGGCCAGGGUGGCCGUGGAGGAGCUGGACGACGUGAAGGCCGUGGUGAAGCGGCUGGAGGAGGACAACACCGAGCUGCGGCGGCAGGCACGGCACGCGGAGAAGGAGCAGCGCAGCCUGUGCUCCCGGGCAGAGGGUCUGCAGGAGGAGAACCAGCGGCUGCUCGCCGAGGGCCAGGGCCUGCGGGAGCAGAUCCAGGCGCAGGCGGCUCGCAUGGCCAGCCUGGAGGCCCAGCUCUGCCGCGGCACCGCCCUGCUGUCUGCCCGGGACGCAGCCCUGGCCCAGGCGGGGCAGAGGGCGCAGGAGCUGACGGCAGCGCUGGAGGAGUACGAGCGCAUGGUGCAGGAACUGCGGCUGGAGACGACGCGGCUGCGGCAGCAGCUGGGCCGGAUGCGGGACGCCUGGGCCAUGCGCCCCUGGUGCCCCCGCGGCCAGCCGGACACCACGGCCACGGCCACAGCGAGCCCGGUAAGAGGGGUCACGGGGGGGACCACCCUGCAGGGCCCCCUCGGCCACUGACCCACAGGCCGUGCCCAGGGGAGCGGGGACAAGGAGGAGGAGGAGGAGGAGGACACGGGGACGGCGCUGUGCGGAGGAGGAGGAGGAGGAAGCCUGGAGGGGAGCAGCGAGGAGCUGGCCGCGCAGGCGCCGCGC